UAAAAAAUAAUCUUUUUAUAGUUCAAGAUACUAAAAUUUAUAAUUUAUAGCAAAUUUAUUUAAAAUUAAAUUUAAAUAAUAUUAAAUGUAUGUAAAUAGUGAAUACAUAAUAAAAUUAUUUACAUUUUACUUUAACUAAGUACUAAUUGUAUUUACUAAAAAUUAUAGUAACAGCCAUUAUUAGUUAAUUAAACUAAUAAGUGCUUAAACAGCAUUAGGUGUGAUACCUGCAGAAAUUUUAAUAAAUAUGGAUAUUAGCCAUUUUGAUGAAAAAAGUGGUAUUGUACCAUGUAAUACAGAAUGGGGUAGAUGGUGGCAAACUGUGGAUGAAUUACAUAUUGAAGUAACACUUCCAGUUAAUACCAAAUCCAAAGAUGUCAAAGUCAAUGUCACUAACUCAAGUAUUACUUGUCAAAUUUUAGGAAAAACUUUAUUUUCUGGCAAUUUGUUUGGAAAAAUUCGUAGUGACGACACUUUAUGGACAUUAGAGGACAAUGGUACUUUGUUAAACAUUGUAUUAACAAAAGCAGAUUUUUCAGAGAAAGAAAUUGUUUGGGAAGCUAUAAUGAAGGAUGGAUCAUUUAAAGCAGAUCCUUUAACAUAUAUUGAAAUGUCAAAAAAAAUGGAUUUAGAAAAGCUUCAAAUUAAGAUUCUGUAAUCCUUAAAUUUGAAUAUUCUUUAUAAUUAUUGAAAAAAUAGUACCCAGGAAUGGACUUCAGUAAAUCAGAGCUUCAGAAAAAUUACGAUUCUAUACCAGGACUCGGCGGCACUGAAUUAUAGAUUAGUAUACCUACAUUCUAGACUAUAUUUGAAUAAUUAAAUUGUUAUUUUUAAACUACAAAAAUGUAAAUAAUAAAAAUAACUGUAUGUUUAGAAUUGAA